AUGGCCCCCCAAAUCCCCAUCAAAGAGCAAGACAUCCGCUCUACGUCAUGCCAACUGAAAGUCGUAAUUGUCGGCGCAGGCCUCGCAGGACUUGGGUCUGCGAUCAGUUGCGCGCUCGCUGGGCAUGAUGUCGAGGUCCUCGAGGCAACACGGGAGAUCAAAGAGGUCGGCGCAGGUAUCCAGGUCCUACCCAACAGCUCGCGUGUACUCCAGCACUGGGGUCUCGAAAAAGCCUUAACGCCACACAUGACCAUUCCCCGAGUUUGCAACUUUCUUGGAUGGAAGGGGAAUCACAUUUCAUCUUUGGACUUUCACGCAUCGGAGAGUAACUACCCCGGUACUUGGUAUCGUGACUUCCAUCGUGCGGACCUGCAGCGAUGUUUAGUUGACAGAGCGCUUGAGUUGGGAGUUAGGAUUACCUGCAAUGCUCGUGUGGCGGAUGUCACUGUGUGUGAGGAUGGGACCACAGCUACUGCCACCACGGCGGAUGGGAGACAAUGGGUUGGAGAUCUUGUCAUUGGUGCUGAUGGAGUGUUUGGAAAAUUGACGGAGGGAUUGCUGGGUCGAGUCGAUCCACCGGUCAAGACUGGCGAUCUCGCAUACCGUUUGCUGUUGUCGACGGAGGAGAUGAAGAAGGAUCCUGAUCUUGCUGAAUUGGUAACAGAUCCCCAGGUCAACUACUGGUUGGGUCCGGAUGCUCAUGCAGUGAACUAUGUGCUUCGCGGUGGGGAGUUGUUCAAUAUGGUACUACUGGUACCCGACGAUAUUCCAGAGGAAUCGUUGGCAUCAACGAUCGAAGGGAAUGUGGAAGAGAUGUGUGCUUUGUUCAAAGACUGGGAUCCUCGGAUCCCCAAACUCUUGAAACUCUGCGAGUCAGUCCAGAAAUGGCGUCUUUGCAUCCGGUUUGGAGACUUUGACUGGACUCAUCCCUCCGGGGCGUUUGUGAUGUUGGGCGAUGCAGUGCACGCUACAUUGCCAUACUUGGCCUCUGGUGCUGGAAUGUCCUUUGAGGACGGCGCAGUUCUAGGCGAAUGCCUCUCUCGACUCCCGAAUAGCCCCGGUAUCUCUAAGACAUCGGCCGAGUUCCUGACUGCGAAGCAACACGCCCUUGCAGUCUUCCAGGAGUGUCGCAAGCAACGGACAAAGAUGAUUGUUGAGCGGGGAAACAUCCAACAAUAUCUCUACCACCUCCACGACGGCGCCGAGCAGGAAGAAAGAGAUCAAAAGAUGCAGAUGGUCCCUACGCCCGAGGGAGAAGCGUUGGCCUGGCGAGACCCAGGUCUGGCACCUAAAUUGUUGGGAUAUGAUCACAUAGCAGACGUCGAUCGUCGGUGGGGUAAAUCAAUAGGAACUAGCGUUGUUGAGUCGAGACUGUAA